AUAAACAAGUGCUUAACUGAAAACUGGAAUUAGUGGCUUUGACGGGACUUUACAGCUAAAACCGCGUACUUACACAAAAUAAUCGCACAUUCGAAAUUCAAGAAUCGAGUAAACCUGUGAUCCUUACUCGAAGUUUUUAUGAUAGCGUCAAUAACAAUCAAUUGUGUUUAUUUGGUGAAUUUUUAUCAAUACUUUGCUUAGAUAGAAAACUUGCAUCAUAUCUCUUGCACUGCUUCGAAGUUUCAAUUCAAAUAUUAUAUUAAUAAAUACAACUUUGUUUACAUUCGUAUUUGACACUGAGUUAUGGCAUUUAUUCGCUGGACACUGCGUUGGAAGUCAGUUUCAAAAGGUUAUCGUAAAUAAAUAAGGCUACCGAUUGCAUCUAUUUGGCGGCAGACAAUAUUCAAUAGGUAAUCAACAUGGACACCGACCAGAAGUUUGAAUACAACAGUUCAAUCACUGCCAACGCGACCACAUUCAUAGACGCCUCGGAUAGAAACGACUCUUUUAUGCCUGGACUUCAUUUUGAAGCUCUAUUCCCAUUGAAAUACAGUGGACCGAUCAAUGGGUAUAUUGCCCCUGUUCUUAUUUUAUUGACGGUGGUCACAAACACAUUAGUAAUCGCCGUGCUUUUAAAACGUCACAUGCGUUCGCCCACCAAUGUCCUUUUGGCAGGUAUGGCUUUUAGCGACAUGAUGACGGGAGUUAUACCGUUGCCUGUUUUUAUUUACUUUUUUUCGAUGGGACAUUACGAAGAAUACUUACCAGUUGAAUGGUGCCUUCCGUACAAGAUUUUAUAUGAAAACAUACCGACCAUUUUCCAUACCGCGUCUAUAUGGCUGACAGUAGGUCUGGCUGUUCAACGGUAUAUAUACAUUUGCCAUUCGUUGCAAGCAAGGACAUGGUGUACAAUACCAAAUGUGAUUCGUGCAACGGUCAUUGUAUAUAUUGUCGCCAUUUUGUCGCAGAUUGCUCGCUUUUUGGACUUCGAAGUAGUCCCUCGGGAAGUCCCCUCUAGAAUUGAUGUCAAUAAGACGAUAGAUGGGUGUGAUAUAAAAAGCAGACCGUGGGCAGCGAACAAUCAAGUAAUGUACCAAAACAUAUAUUUUUGGUUCCGCAUAAUCUUCAUUCAUCUUGUCCCUUGUACGUCGUUAGUAGUGCUUAAUGGCUUGCUGAUUUCUGCUAUGCGGAAAGCGUCCAUCCGACGAAUGCAGCUACUUAAACAAAAUAAGAAGAGUGAAUCUAAGAAGUUAAAGGAAAGCAACUGUACAACAUUGAUGCUGGUGGCUGUUGUAGGCCUAUUCCUACUUGUUGAAUUUCCGCUCGGUAUUAUUAUGACACUAUACGUGACCGAUAACACGUUUAAUCUAAACCUUUUCUCGAUGGAUGUGUACCUGAUAAUGACUUCAAUGUCGAACUUUUUCAUACUGUUGAGUUAUCCGCUGAAUUUCUUCAUCUACUGUGGAAUGAGCAGACAAUUUCGCGAGACAUUCAAACGACUGUUCAAUGGCCGGUCUAUGCCAUUAAAGGAGGAAUGUUCGCAGUACAUGACCCUUCCAACUGAAAAUGGAAAAACCGUAUUCACAGGACCGGAAACUGCUUUAUAAUGGUAUUAUGUUAAGACGGUUGGACAAAUUGACACUAUCAAAGAACGUGGACAUGCGUUAAUAACAUGUCGAUGAUUCUUUAUAACUAGGUUGAAACGUGAACCCCAAAAAAAACAUUAUGUAUCUAGUUAAAUCUAUGUAACCAGAACACAACUACCAUUGAACAGUUGGCUAUUACUAUAAAGAAUACGUUUUUUAUGGGUUAAUUUUAUUUUACGAAAUAUUUUACGAAAUAUUCAUUGAUUUUGAUUAUUUAUGUGGCUAAAAUCCGAUGUGUUGGAAAACAGGCCCGCCUUUAAAUCCAAUGUUAAAAUUAAAUUUGUGCAUUUUCUUUGAAAUUGUAACUAUUUGCAGGUAAUCACUACUUCUCGUUUGUUGUCGUCUUGCCCUUAUAGAUGAACGUUUGUCUGAUUUAAGCGUUAGCUGAACAAAUUCUAAACAUAAUUUGAUAUACGCAAAAUUACGAAAUCGGUGUUUGCUGUUUCCACUCAAAACCAGAGGACUACAUAGCCGAUGUGUGUGGUUUUGAUCCCCGGCCCGGUCUCAUAUCUUGUGUAGGUAUUAUAAAGGAAAUCUUCUCAACGAUUGUUCUGAGUUGUGAGCUCGGGAAAAACCGCAUAUACCGGCAACCUCCGGGCAGAGAUUCAACUUAAACCAGCAUUGCUGGAUCAAAUCCUGCUUCGUAACCAACCACGUGAUGUCUAGCCACGUGGUACAAUUAUUUUACCGUUUCUAUUUUUUUAAUUUAUGUAUUUUUUGUAUAAUGAAUCUAAACGUACACACAAUUAAAAAAAUAGACACAUUUUCAUAAUUCAAUUCUUAAAGAAAAAAAUAAUCCUACCGAAACUGGUAGGAUUUUCUUUUGAUGGCAAAGAUUGUAUGUUAGAGCAUGGAACGACAACUCUGGAUAGAGCUUGCUAUUCCUGGUGAAGAGUGAGAUGUUUAAUUGACCUCAUUGAUUCUACUGGAAUACUGUUUACAACGGCGAAGGGAUCCAACUAAACACACGGAACAAAAGCUUUUCCCAAAUGAAUAGCGGUCAUUGUUGUCGAAAAGAUGAAAAUGGCUUCAUAUCGUACGGACUUAACGCGUUGAAUCUUACCGCAUUGAUACAGAAUACAGAAAGCGAUAGCGAGGGCAAAUGAAAAGGUCAAGUGAAUAUUCGACGAACAAUUGACUCAUUAACACGGAAUAAAGUUCACGGUAUAGCCUUACAUAUAUGUACCUUUUAUAUUAAUCACUUUUGCUUUUUUUCCUCGCAAGAUGGUGUGUAUGUUUUGAUGUGGGUAUACAUGGCGAUUUAUAAACGUUGCGAUGGUGGCAUUACACAAGACGAAAAUCGGAUUAAACCGAACUAAAAUUAUAUCGUUAAUAUAUAACGUACGCUUAGCCGGCAUAAUUGCGCAUCCUAAAUCAAAAUAUAUUAUGAAUGACGUUAUGUUGUUCACAUGGUGUUUGUGUGUGGGUGGGUGGUGUCUGUGUGAUCGAUGAACGAUGCUUUAGUGUUAUUUUGUUAUCAAUCAACUGUGUGCUUUAGGAGCUCAUACGUAUGUAUACACAUGUAUAAAACGAUUGUUGCUUUGUAAAUACAUGUAAUACCCGAUUUGCUUUGUGGUUUUCAACAAUUUUAAAUGUAUUUAAUAUAAGCAUAUAUACAUUUAUUUUUAUCGAUUAAUUAUCGUGUUUGUAUCAGAGUUACUCGUUUCAUUGAUGCAUACAUUAUUUGUUUAUUUAUCGCUUUUUUGCAAAGUCAGAGGAGAACAUAACGUGACAUCAAGCUGGCGACGUCCACCCGGAGACAGGUUAUUUUCGCCGUUGUAUGCUCUUUAUUAAUGUUAUUAGUAAAACAAAAUCGAUCACUUCCCAGCCAUAUUAGCAAGAUAGUGUUUGGCGUUAUUUCGUAUUGUUAUUCGCUUUACAUCUCGACUUGUCUCGCUACAAAAAUCUAAGCGGGAUCUCAAAAUUAUAGCUACCGCUUAGAAAAUUCGUAGCGAGUAAAGUCGAGAUAUUAAGCAAAUAUUAAAAUAUUAUAAUAAUAUAUAACAUAUAGACAAAUAUAAUUUUCGUAUUGAUAGAGCUGGAAUGUGAGUGGCAUUUCACAAUCAAACAAAAGUAAUAAAGGGAAAUAAUAGGUAUACAACGGAAAAAAAUGUUUCAGCACGGACGUCGCCAUCUUGAUCGUCACGUAAUUACCUACUCUGAAAGAUAAAAAACUGCUUAUCAAUGGACACACUUUAAGUAUCGUCUCUAACUAUUUUGUGCAUAUAGAUAGAUCUCAAAAUAAAACUGGCUAAAUAGAAUUACACCAGCUUAUUUAUGCGCGAGAAUUGUUUAAAACUUAACAUACAGUUUAACAUUGAACAUGUAUUACUAUUGACAACAUGUACUCAAUGGUUCAUGUUUAACCCAACAUAAAAACUCAUUUGUGUUGUUGUCAAAUUCCGUGAUUUAUUGUUAAAUAUAAACGAUGUCGUUUAAAGAUAUGCAUUUCAUUGGUUACUAUGUCAUUUGGACAAUAUCAUGUUUGUACAUGUAUCAUACUUGCGUGUUAAGUCAGCGAAUGCCAGUAAUAGUUACAAGAUGCUGUUUUUGUAUUAUAGUUUAUUAUCACAUCUCUUGUUAAAUAUGUGUAAAGUUUAUUCUUUGUUUUGGUCUAUGGUUUAUCUGUAUUCCUUAGACCUUUAUCUGA